UUUCGAUUUCGUUACUUCACUUCAUCGCCACAUAAUAAACACAGCGCGCCCUUCAUCUGUAGAUUUUUCUCUGAUUUCUCAAUUCUCAAUUCUCUUCUAUGGUGGUAGCCACCAAACCAAAGCAUGGCUAUCUCUCUAAGUUCAGUCUUCGGGUUUAAUUUAAAGUAUGUCUCGAGAUCCUGUAUUGGAGGAGCUUCGGUACUUAAGGCCAACCCCAGUGUAUCUCCCUUUCAACUGUAUGGCUCCGGGGGACUUGUACACCAAAAAAGAAGGGGAUUAUGUCUUUCAGUUGAAGACAGAGACCGACUAGUCGCGAAUAGCAGCAUAAAGGAUUCUGGUGAUGCUGAGAAGCUGGUUUCUGAUGAUCGAAUUUCAGCCCUGAAUCCCCCAUCAUUGGAUAAUGAAUCGCGCUCCCCUACCUCUGAGCCUAGUAAUGGUUCAAUGGUUUCUUCAACUCCGAUGCAGGAGGCCUCAUCACCUCCAAAUAUACAGUCCACAACAAAAAAAGUAUCUCUAACGGCUAAAGAAAGAUUAAGGGCAGCUCGGGUUCUAAGCCGUUACGCAGAGUCAAAGCUAUCUAAAUCAGAGAUGGGAAGUAAUGUACUGGAUGCUAUGAGGGAAAGUGAUAAGGGGAAAAAGAGAUCUCGGCUUCCCGAAGCGCCUACAAAUUUGUUUGAUGACAGCAAACGAGGAAUGCCAAAGCAAGGCCUUACUUUUCAGUUUCCAGGGGGAAAUGAUCUCCUUGUAAUCAUCUUUUCGGUCGUUUUUAUCAGCACGGUAAUGUUCACGACAACUUACAUAGUAUGGAAAGUUGGAGCCAUACAUUUUAAUGAGUAUUAAGAUGAAGGGCAAGAAUGAGGUACAAGGUCAAAAGUAUUGUUGAAGAUCACAUGGCAUCUUUGAUUUCAGGUACUAUCGAUGUCCAAGCAUUAUGCAGCCGAGUUUAACUUUUCGAUAAGCCAUCUAUACAUGAAUGUAUAAAAAAAUUGUGUGAAUGAUGUUUUAUUAUCAAUGCUGAACCUCUCUGGCCUAAUAUAUUAACUGGCUUGUUACAACUUAGAGUGACUUCUGGAAUAGUUUAGGUAUCGUUAAUGCCCGAACUUAGAGAUUACGAUUUACAGGAGCUGUUGAAAGUGCUGCUGGCCAGAUUGAAUUUACUGCCUAGUUUUGGUAGGCUUUAGAGUCACAUUGCUCGGUUUAGUGUAUCUGGUUUUGCAUUUCAGAAAUGAAAUCUAAGUUUACUGCA